AUGCAGCAGUACAACUCCUCUGCCCUGGCUAACGGCACUUACGGCCCUGACCUGAGCGCUGGGGUGCUGGUCCCCAGCAUGAUCCUGGGGUUGUGCUUCGUCCUGGGGGUACCGGGUAACGUCACGGUUCUGGCCGUGCUGAUCCAGAGGCUCAAGGGAGACAACUUCACCUUUCGGCUGAUGCUGAGCUUGGCCGUGUCGGACCUGCUGACCCUGCUGACCCUGCCCGUUUGGAUCUGCGCCCUGCUCUGGGGCUGGAUCUUCGGCCUGGGUCUGUGUAAGUUCCUGUCCUACCUGAUCUACUGGAGUUUGUACAGCAGCGUGAUGAACGUGACCCUCCUCAGCGCGCAGCGGUACGUUCAGGUUCUCUACCCGAACCGCUGGUCCAAACUGGGGAAUCCGGUACGCCUCGCACUGCUGUUAAGCACGUGGGUCGUCGGCGGGGUUUUGGCUGCCCCGGCCCUCGUCCAUAGGCAGGUGAGACGAUACGACGGAGAACCCAAACUUUACUGUCAUGCCCUCUAUGCCUCAAGAGAAGAGCAGGCAGCCACCCUGCUGCUAGAGACUUUGCUGGGGUUUGUCAUACCUUUCUCAGUCCUGGUGUCCUUCUACUUCAGUCUUCACAAGAGGGUGAACCAGACGCCUCUCUUCAGCUCCAGAAGAAUGACGCGGCUGGUGAGCAGCAUCGUGGUCUGUUUUUUCAUUUUCUGGGUGCCCAUUCACAUCAUUAAUAUCCUGACCAUCAGUGCCAUCUGGAGCGAAUCAGACAAACUGAUGGAUCUAUCUGACUUCGUUGCCGGCAUCACUGGAGCUCUGACCUUCAUAAACAGCUGUGUGGACCCCUUUCUCUAUGCCUUUUCCUCAAAAGCCCUCCGGCGAUCUGCGACGAAAUGCUUACCUGAAUCGAAACUCGAAACAGGAUCCAUAGAAGGAGGCACAACUGUUAUGAGUACACAUUUAAACUGA